UGCGCUCGUGUGGUUGCGCGCGGUGAGUGUGUGAGAGAGCGAGCGCGUGGCGAGCGUGUGUGUGUGUGUUUCUCGGUAGGCGAGGCUAGCGUUGCGCUCGCUCCUCCGGGGGGGAUCGGGGCUCCUGUGAGGCUGCGUGAGGAGCGGCGGCGGCGGUACCCGGAGCUCGGACCGACUCGGUCCCGCCAGCACAGCACCCAUGACUCUACGCGCCGGGCUGGGGCUCGCGCUCGGACUCUUACUCGCCUCCCUGCUCCUCUGCUGGCAGGCUCACGGGCUGCAGUGCUACGGCUGCAACAUCAUCCAGGAGAGGAGGUACGUGGACGUGGGCUGCUCCAACCCCGAGGUCAUCACCUGCUCCCACUCCCACAAGGGCUUCAAGCACCGCUUCUGCCUCAAGACGGAGAGCACGGCGCUGGGGAUCGUUCUGACCAGCGGCUGCGCCACGUCGCGGCACUGCCAGCAGCAGGAGCUGCCCGGGGUGCGAAUCCACUGCUGCGAUACGGACCUGUGCAACAGCGCCCCCUGCUGCCGCCCUGGUACACUGCACUGCCUGGCCCUGCUGGCUGGCCUCCUCCUGGUGUGGCUGUGGGUGUGA